AUGUACGUCUAUCUCGGAAAGCUCGACUGGAAGCCAUAUGGCCUGGACGAGACCUUUGUCAUCACCCUACCCAACGGUCCCGCUCGCGCCGGCGACCCGGCCUACCUCUUCUCGCAGUGGACUAAGGACGCCCGCGGUGCCCAAAAGGCCAACUGGUUCCUCAACCUCGUCGUCGACAAGGUCUCCAAGACGGUCAGCGGCGACGAUGUCUUCACGCUCAAGAACUCGCACUACUACUCCUGGGAGAUCACCACCCAGAAGGUCUAUGGCGAGCUCAAGGUCACCAUGUCGAACCCCAACAAGGAAAAGAGCACCAUGACUUUCAACCGUAUCUGGAAGUCUGAGUCCCAGACCCCCUCCGGCUCGCUUCGCAUCUGGACUGGCAAGAUCAACUGGCCCAGCUAUGCUACCAACGAGAUGGCCACCUUCAUUGUCCCUGAGGGCUUCGGCAAGGAUAAGCCCGUUUUGGCUGUCUGGCAGUGGACCAAGAAUGGUGAAGGAAAGCCAAAGAACCCCAACGUCCACGUCGCCAAGCAGUCUAUCCUCUCUAGCCCCGAGAAGACUGUGAAGUUCGAGUACAACUCCUUCUAUCAUGUGACUUGCACCUGGCAGCAGAGCACCGAGAGACUUGCUGUCCACAUGAAGGGAAGUGGAAUCGAGAGCAAUGUUAGCCAAGAGAUUGGCGAUUUCGCUCUUGCUGUUCAUCUGGAUCGCCACUCUCACGACUUCAAUCCCCCUGAGUCCAGCCCCGACAAGUCCGAGGUAGAGCUCCGACUUCCUCAGACUCAGCCGUCUCUGCCUCGCAUCCUGGCACCGUUGCCUUUCCCGCGCGGACUAGUCAACACCUUGACUCACGCUCAGGCUUUCAUCGACCAAGCUGGCUACCUUGCCAAGUACGCCGAGGAUCGUUUCAAGGCUCUCGAUACCGAUCUCCACGCCCGUGACAGCCAGCUCGCUGCUGCCGAGGCCCAGAUCCGGGAGCUCAUCAAGGGAAGAGACAUUUUGAACAGCGACGACAAGGUGCAGAAGGCAAAGAUCGCUGCCCUUGAAGACCUUCUGGCAAGGGCCCACGACGAUGUCAAGCAGCUGGAGGCCAAGGUGACCAAGCUUCAGAAGGACAUUAAUGAAGGCCACAAGCACGAUAUUGAGGACCACCAGGAACUCGAAAGCUUGAGGGAUGCCAGGCUGAAGCUGAAGAGAGAGCUGGAACAGGCUCUGCCCGCCCUUUCAGGCGCAAAGGCUCGCGUCACAGCCCUCACAGAGGAGGUGGCGAAGCUGAAGGCCGAAAGAGAUUCCGCUCUGGCUCAGCUUCUCGUCCAGAAGAACCUCAACAAGACUCUCACGGACGAGGUUGACAAGCUCAAGAAGGCCAACAAGCAGCUAACUGAAGAUUUGGAACCCCUGCGAAAGAAGAAUGCUGCCCUUCAAAAUGAAGUCGACCAAAACGCCUUAGAUGUUGGCACGUAUGACAAAGCGCUGAAGGACAUGCGGGUUGAGAGAGAUAAUAUUGCCCACAAGGUCUUGGUGUGGGAGGACAAGACCUACAAUGCCGAGGUGAUGAGGAAGGCAUACUGGAGGGUUCUGAACAACCGCGGGUUCCUUGAUGAGGUGGAGAAACCGGUGCUCAGGAAGAUUGAAGAGCAUAAGACUGUUUGA